GGCGAUAUCAUGCGUCUUAUAACUAAGGACCUUAGUGAGCCGUACUCCAUUUAUACAUACAGAUAUUUCAUACACAAUUGGCCAGAGCUGUGUAUUCUGGCGUAUGAUACGCUUUCGGAAGUGUAUGUUGGAGCAGUUGUCUGCAAAUUGGAUAGAAAUGCUGAAGGCCGACGAAAAGGAUAUUUGGCGAUGCUAGCAAUCGACGAGUCGUGUAGGAAACUGGGACUAGGAACGCGUUUAGUUCGUCGUGCCAUUGAAAGAAUGCAAGCCCAAGGGUGUGACGAAGUUGUUCUUGAGACAGAGGUUUUAAAUGUGAACGCGCAACGGCUUUAUAACAAUUUAGGUUUCAUCAGGGAGAAACGCCUAAUGAGGUAUUAUUUAAACGGUGGGGAUGCUUUUCGUCUAAAGCUAUUCCUUUCUCCUCCUGUGAUUGUUGUAAGAAAGUCUUCGUUUGUAUCGACAGGCUCACAACAUGACAAGUAG